UAGGAAUCUGAGUAUUGACACCAUGUCCCGAGUUGUGAUCUUCGUUUGCCUGUUAAUGCUGGCAUCAGCUGUUGUGAGUUUUGACCUGCCGAAACUGCCGGAAACACCCAAGUUGCCGGACACACCAAAGAUUCCCGAUGCCCCUAAGCUGCCUGACCCUUCAAAAACACCAGACACCAAAGGCCUACAGGACGUAGGAAACAAUUAGAGUACCCCGACAGAUCCUAGAAUCUCAGACCAAAGUAUACCGAAGCACGAUAAAAGAAUAAUGUAUAACCUCUUAACUUCUUAAACCAAGGCAUAUUAAAGGAGCUCCG